AAGCAGGCCUGGCUCUAUCAGCUGAGAGGAAACCAACAGAGAGAAAACACACACUGAGACAGAGAAAAGAGGGAGGGUAGGACAGCGAAGAGAAAGCAUUUGAAAGGAGGAGCCAGAGAGGGUGAGGAAGAGGAGGAAUAGCAGGAGAGAGAGAGAAAACUAUAGCAUGUGAAGUGUGCUUUUGUGUUCGGGGUACUUUGGAGGUGUGCAAAUGAGAGAACGGAAGAAAAUGGGAAGGGGUGGGGGCUCGAGAGAGAAAAGGAGAGGGAGGGAACGAGCGAGACAAAUGGGGGCUGAGAGUUGUUGAUGGGUUUUUGAUUUGUGUAUGUGAGCAACCGAGGGUGGAGAGAGGUAGACAGGAAGAACACCAGAGAGUGAGAGAGCAGCAACAGCAGCAGCAGUGCAGGCUGUUGGACAUCCUGACAAAACAAGCAGAGGGAGGCAGAGCAACUUGUCUUUCUCAACACCACUUAUUCAGGAGGAAGGAAGCAAAAAGAGAGAGACAACAAAUUGGGGGAGUGAGGCAGUCUGACCCAGUGGAAGCAGAAACAACAGAGGAAGACAGAAAGAGAGCAAAGAAAACCACCAGACGAAAUAGAGGAAGGAAGGGGGACAGUGACACGGCGAGAUAAACCCCCAUCUUUCUGAGAGGGGAUUCUGGGUGGAAUGACCCGAUCAUGAUGCCACAGCCGUGCCACACAUCAUGCCUAGGUGACCAAGGAGGGAGUGUCUGGCUAUCAGCCAACCACAGGGGGAGCCCCCAUAGAGUUACUACCAACUUGGAUUCGGAGACAUUUCCACUCAAGAGCCUCCUGCAUCACUGACACUCUGCCCGUCUGGUAUUCGCUCUUGUGCCCACCUCCUUCACUGCUGCUCCCUCCGGAGGUCUGCUGUUUCCUGAGUACCUGUCUUGGGAUGUUGCCGGUGUUUCACAGCAGCUGCCAUGGAGAUCGAUGGGUUCCUUUAGUAAGCCAUAUCGGACACAGCUUUCAGAUGUUGUGCCAGAUACAGCUUGUCCACACGGGCAGAAUUAGACAAGGAAGAGCACAGAGGUGCUGUGCGGCUCAGCUUCCUGAUUCACACCAUUUGACAUCAUCACAGCAGGAACCAUAGGACUUCCUAUUCCUGUGGAACAUCUUGCUCUGCCUCCUGACAAUUGUGAGGACCUACUUAACCGUGUUGCACAAAAGUUAGUUUAGACUUUUAUCACCCAGCAGCGAAACCAUGCGGCACAUUCACGUGGAGUUAGCCCACAAAAAGGCUCCGCUAGAUCUUCCAGCACAGGAGGGGGACCUGCCUCCACCUACAUCCCCCACACAGGGCCUGGACCCUGGUGUGAGACCGGGGGUGGCCAGGCACUUUGGCCAGGAGGAGCUGCGGCUCCAAAAGGUCUACCAGCUCUCAAUCUUCUCCCAGUUGGGGGGAUUUUGUACCUCCACAGAAACCCACUCUGAUGCCCAACAGAGGCCUGUCAGGAUGGGUGUGAAAAGGGGGUUAGAGGAGCCUCAGUUGACUCAUAAGCGCCCCCAUCUGGGCGACUCCUCAGACAGGGAGGCACUGGAGGGAGGGGUGUUGUGUGGGCCAGCCCCAGCUAAAGGUGUUGGAAUGGGGUCAGCAGCUGGGCCUGAUGUGUCUGGUUCCUUAUACUCUUGCAUACAAAUGGAACAUAGAGACUCUGAGGGGGGACUGUCACCCAGAUCUCCUCCCCUCUCUCCGAGCCACAACCCCUCCCGACGCCCAGCUCAGCACAAUCACGAUAGGCCCAUUCCUGAUGUGUUUGCUCCACUCUCACCUAAAUCCCCCCCAAUGUGUGACCCACAUGGGCAUCUCUUUGACCAGGGUCAUUCCCUCGGAAGCUCAGGCAGGACUGAGCCACCCAACGGAGCCCGUACACCAACACACUCUCUAGGCAGCCCUGCAAAUGACAGCUGUAGUAAUGGCUCCUCUGGUGGCCAGCCCAGCCCCUACUUAUAUGAAAUGUCCACAUAUGAAACCCCCAACCCUGCCAGCCCCACCAGUCCUCCAGGUCCUUUCUCCCCCCCACACCACACAGAGCUACAGGAGCCAGGGGAGGCCACUGAAUGGGACGUUGGACUCGAAUCCUCCCCACCUGAGCGAAGUGCCACUCAGGCAGCCUCCUCUUCUUCUUCGAAUGGCCUGGCUUCCUGGGAGAAAACUCCCAGCAGUAACGGUCACCGGCUGUUGUCUGGAGGUCACUGGCCGGCCAAAAAGAGGCUGCUGUCCCCGAGUGACACAGGAGAGUCGUGUUCAGAAGACGAGGGACCCUCCACAUCCAAGAGAAGCAGGCUGUCGUUGUUGGCUCCAGGACUCGGCCCGGCCUCGUGUCGUAGCACUGAUGCUAAAGCUGCCCCCUACUGGAACCACCUGCUGCCCUCCGUGUGGGACAGGCCUAAGACUGCCACUGACUGCACAAGAUCUGGGAGACGACUGAAGAAUGGGCUGCGGUUGAAAAGUCGGCAGCUGCGCAGCGGCAGGCACACGGACACCGGUCGCUCCACACGUUCCAGUUGGCCCUCAGCUUCCAUCAGCAGAUCACUACUCGGCAACUUUGAGGAGUCCAUACUGAAGGGACGAUUCUCCCCAUCAGGUCAGAUCGAAGGCUUCACAGCGGAGAUCGGUGCCAGCGGCUCGUAUUGCCCUCAGCACGUCACCCUGCCGGUGCAGGUUACAUACUACGACAUCUCCGAGCACAGCGCGCCCUCUCCCUUCCUGGGGGUGAUAUCCCUCGAGCAUCUUGGAAAGAAAGGAUACAGCAUACCCAAAGCAGGGACCAUUCAAGUGACCUUAUUUAAUCCCAACAAAACUGUGGUGAAGAUGUUCCUGGUGACGUACAACUUUGGCGAUAUGCCCGUCAAUCACAUGACCUUCCUGCGCCACCGCAUCUUCCUGGUGCCAGUCGAGGACGGAGUUGAGGGGAAAAGUGAGGCGUCUCCAGGGGGCGGAGUGCUAGACAGGAAGAAGAUCCUCUGCUACCUGAUACAUCUCAGAUUCCAGAGCUCCAAAUCUGGGAAAAUCUACUUGCACAACGAUAUCCGGCUGCUAUUCUCCCGCAAAUCCAUCGAAGUGGACACAGGGAUCCCAUAUGAGCUGAAAUCUUUCACCGAGGUGCCAAGAAACCCUAAAUACUCCCCCCGUGUGUGACCCCAGCCCGACCUUUUUUGACUCUUCCCCUCGAUGCCAACGCAGCCCCUCCUGUGCUUCCGAAAGAGGAGGGAGGGACACAGACAGACUGCUAGAAUGAUGGAUACAAAACUUGAUAAGACUUGAUGAGACGAGACACAUGUGCACACACGACACGGUGUCGGCCGCUGGAAAAGUCCUCCUUUUUUGUGCAUUCAUUCUCCGUUGAAAAUUCAGACAUAAAAUGUCAAUCUGACAAACAUGGCAUUCCUUUCAUCAUUCAUUCAUUGGAAAUUUUAGGAACAUUAUUGUAGGUGCAGUGAUGAAUGUAUGCAAUCAAAAGGUGGGCUUUUUUAACGCCUUCAUCUGUGCAAAGAAAGAAAUGCACAAACACUGACACACACACCAAAACAGACUGACAAGACUCAGAAACACUUCUGGUGGCAACUCUCUGAGUUCAGUGUUAACAUGCAUGCCUUGUGACUUAAACACCUGAAUUUUCCUCUAGUGCCGUAUCACACUGUCCUUCACUCUGCCUGCAGCUCCAACUGCGUCAUCGGACCAAUAAUUGUAACUCUGAAUCUGAUUAAAAGCCACAAAUAUAAAUCACAUCCCAGACUGUGGGAUGUGAUGCACUUCUGACGAGCAGAUGAGCAGAGAUGCAAACACUAGUGAAAGCGACGGCUGAAAUACAAUCAGUCAACGUGACUGGAUGUCUUAUCAUAUGACAUAGAAACCCACAAUUUGACCAAACUCAGGACAUCUGUUGAAGAAUAAAUUCCUCUUUUAACCAUUUCACCUUCCACGGUACAGACCACUGUGUACACAUGUAAUGGAAAACAUGGGAAUCCAGUUCAUUUUAUGUAGCCAGACUGAGGGACACUGUGCUGUUUUCUGUUUUUUUUUUUUUUAGAUUCUUUUUUUUU